AUGGAAUUUGCCAAAGAAAAUAGACAGUCAAUCAGUACAUACGGUCUCCAUCUCUCUGAUUUACAAGAACUACUAGAGACAACCCUAGGAAAGUCAUAUUUUGUCUACAACAAUCAAGUCUACCUACAGCUUCUUGGAUUGUUCAUGGGAACCAACCCUGCACCUAUACUAGCUACUGUAAAAAUGUGGAAACUGGAAAAACUUUCAGUCUACGUAGACCUGAGGAUAACACUGCCCACCUACAGCAGGUUUUACGACGGUCUAAACGGAGCCACCACCAACAGACGAAAAGCUCAGCAACUGUGCAACCUCAUCGAACAACAAGAUCCUGACAAACUUAUCAAACUAACUGUAGACUACCCUGACAAUCAGAACGACUUUGUUCCCUUCCUCAACACGGAAAUAAAGAUCGACUCAGAUGGAAUAGUACAUUCUAGACUCUACAGAAAACCACAGAAAAAGCCACUCACCCUCCACUACAACUCUCAUCAUACAACACGUACAAAGAAUGCUACUGUUGAGAGUAUGUACAACACCGCAGAGGCAGUCUCUAACAACAGAGAAAACGAGAAGUACUCAGAAAAGAUGAUAGAUAAACUUCUCAUCAACAACGGCUACACUGAUAGAGUCUUAGAAACCAUAAAGAACAAGAGAAAACGUAGAAAGAGAAUUAAUCAGAAAGUACAGAACAAAGACCAAGACGGAGCGAUUCUCAAACUACCCUAUGUUAACGAAGCUACUAGUCGCAAAUACAGAGAUGCUGUCAGACAUAGUGGACUCCCCAUCAAAAUUGUCGAGAAACCUGGACGGAAACUGAAGGAUCUCCUUACAGACUCCAGACCCCUUGACAAGAAAUCCUGUACAACAUCAAACUGCAGAACAUGCGCAGCUUUAACCGAUGGAGAAUGCACCACAACUAAUACCGUCUACCACAUCACUUGCGAAGUAGACAAUUGUACCGAGAACUAUGGUGGGGAAACAUACAGACCGAUCAAGUGCAGGUUCGACGAGCAUUACCGUAGUGCGGCAAAUCCAACAGCAAAAUCUUACGAAGAUAAGCCACUAGCAAAGCACUACAGGGAAAGUCACCCUCAGCACAAAGGCCCCCCAAAACUUAAACUUCAAAUCGUAGAUAGAGGAACAUCACUCAUCAACAGAAAGAUUAAAGAAGCCCGAUUUUUAGUUGAAAAUAAACCAACACUCAACGAUAAAACAGAGUUGAACAAUCUAACACAGUUUUUAGUUGAGUGA